AUUGUGGCGACAGGGAUCUGUCGCUCUGAUGACCAUGUGGUGACUGGUGCAUUUGUUGUGCGUUUUCCGGUAAUUCUUGGGCAUGAAGCAGCUGGUGUCGUGGAGAGUGUUGGGGAGGGAGUAACUUCCAUCAAAGCAGGAGACAAGGUUAUUCCACUGUUUGUUCCCCAGUGUGGGGAGUGCAGCAGUUGCUUAAGCACCAAGGGUAAUCUGUGCAGCAAAAAUGACCUUGCUUCAGCCACUGGAUUAAUGGCUGAUGGCACCACUAGAUUCACCUGUAAAGGAAAAGCAGUUCAUCAUUUUGUGGGUACCAGCACCUUCACUGAAUACACAGUAGUGCAUGAGUAUGCUGUAGCCAGAAUUGAUCCUGCUGCUCCUCUGGAAAAAGUUUGCCUAAUUGGCUGUGGAUUUUCAACUGGUUAUGGGGCCGCUGUGCUAUUUCAGGGAGUGGAACCAGGCUCCACCUGUGCCGUCUUUGGCCUCGGAGGAGUUGGCCUCUCUGUUGUCAUGGGCUGCAAGGCCGCUGGAGCUUCCCGCAUCAUUGCCGUUGAUAUCAACAGCGACAAGUUUGCCAAGGCCAAGGAACUGGGAGCCACCGACUGCGUCAACCCUAAAGACUUCAAGAAGCCUAUUCAUGAAGUGUUGAUUGAAAUGACCAGCCGUGGUGUGGACUACUCCUUUGAGGUCAUUGGCCGUAUCGAAACCAUGACUGCAGCCUUGGCCUGCUGCCAGCACAACUACGGUGUCAGCGUGAUUGUGGGAGUGCCCCCUGCAGCACAAAAGAUCACUAUUGACCCCAUGCUCCUCUUCACUGGUCGCACCUGGAAAGGGUCUGUCUUUGGAG